AUUUCAAAUUCAUAUUUAUCUUUUGCUCAGAAACAGUUAUGGAUCUUGCACUCUCUACAAUUCUAUCCGACUCGAGGGAUAUAAAAAAUUUCGUUGUCGAUGAAGGUCAUGGAGUUAAGGGUCUUUCUGACAUAGGCCUUCAAACACUACCCAAGCACUAUAUUCAACCUCCUCAAGAACAGAUCUCUACCAGCACUAUACUAACUGAGGAGUCCAUUCCUGUCAUUGACAUGUUGAAUUCGAAUGAACAAAUAAUAGCAGAUAUGAUAUGCAAUGCAGCAGAGAAAUGGGGUUUCUUCCAAAUUGUCAAUCAUGGGAUACCAAUGCAAGUGUUGGAGAAUGUGAAGAAUGCAACUCAUAAGUUCUAUGGAUUACCAGCUGAAGAGAAGAAGAAGUAUUCAAAAGGGGAAUCGCCUACAAAUAAUGUACGCUACGGUACAAGCUUUUCUCCUCGAGCAGAGAAGGCUCUGGAGUGGAAGGAUUGGCUUAGCCUCUUCUAUGUUUCUGAUGAAGAGGCUGCUGCAUUUUGGCCUUCCAUUUGCAGGGAUGAGGCAUUGGAAUACAGGAAGAAGUCUGAACAUGUUAUCAAGAAGCUGUUGGAGAUUUUAAUGAAAAGAUUAAAUAUAACUUGUAUUGAUGAAACCAAGGAAUCUCUUCUAAUGGGUUCAACGAGGAUUAACCUUAAGUACUAUCCCAAAUGUCCAAAUCCCGAUCUCACAAUUGGUGUAGGGCGCCACUCAGAUGUUUCAACACUGACCAUUCUCCUACAAGAUGAAAUUGGUGGCCUUUAUGUGAGAAAACUAGACACUGAUUUUUGGAUCCAUGUCCCACCAAUCGAUGGAUCUCUCGUGAUUAACGUUGGUGAUGCACUUCAAAUUCUGAGCAACGGUCGAUACAAGAGCAUUGAGCACCGAGUGACUGCUAAUGGGAACAACAAUAGGAUUUCAGUGCCUAUCUUUGUGAACCCUAAACCUAGUGAUGAAAUUGGUCCUCUGGCAGAAGUUUUGCAGAACGGGGAAAAACCAAUAUACAAACAGCUUCUAUAUUCGGAGUAUGUCAGACACUUUUACAAGAAACCCCAUGAUGGCAAGGAAACUAUUGAUUUUGCGAAAGUGCAGUAAAGGUGAUAGAAUACGGUAACCCCUUCUGCAACAGAAAGAAUAAUGAACAAUAAGGGGAACUAAUGUUAGCCAAUCAAGAAUUUAGCUCAAGCUUCGAAUGAUGCUAAAGUUUAGUUUGUGUUCUAUAUUUCUCUUUUGAAGAAUAAUAAUGUUCUUCUCCACAUACAUAGGAUUGGUGGUGGAGAGGGGUGUGUGUUUGUGUUUUGAGGUUUGGGGGUGGGGGUGGGGGUACGUUGUGCUAUUCCCAUAUCUGUACCAAAUUGUAUUACUCUGUCUUGCAUUAUAAUAAUAUUCACAAGAAUAU